GCUACACUCCAGAGCAGACCAUCAGAGCGGCGCCGGUUUUUGUGGCCUCCUGCCAACAAAGAGUCAGUGUGGCGACAGUUUGAUGAAGAUGUUGAUGCAGCCCUUGAAGCAACAGCCAAGGGUGGUGUGGACCAGAGGCUCCAAACCAUGAGCAUGUUCGUAAUCAGCAUCGCUUCAGAAAGAUUUGGCGCCAAGGAACAACGCGCCACCAAGACGUCUACUGCAGCACCAAUUCCGAACCGACGAGAGGUCAAGAUUACCCAACAUAGACAAGAGCUGAGGACACUCAGGAGCCAGUACCGAAAGGCAAGCGAGGAGGAGAAGGCAGCCCUGGCAGAACUUAGGGGUGUGGUAAGGAAGAGGCUAAUUACCCUUCGGCGGGCUGAGUGGCACAGGAAGAGGGGCAAGGAAAGAGCCCGUAGGCGCAGUGCCUUCAUUGCGGAUCCAUUUGGUUUUACAAGGAAGCUGCUGGGAGAGAAACGUAGCGGUCAACUCUCAUGUCCUGAGGAGGAUAUCAACCGUUAUAUCCACCACAUCUAUAGUGAUGGCAAGAGGGAGCAAGACCUUGGGCACUGUGCAGCCCUGAUAUGCCCACCUGGACCUAGCAUGCUCUUUAACCUCAACGAACCCACCCUUAAGGAAGUCAAAGAGGUUAUUAAAUCUGCCAGAACAUCAUCAGCACCGGGGCCAAGUGGAGUUCCAUACAAGGUCUUCAAACAUUGCCCCAGGCUUCUUGAACGUCUUUGGAAGAUUCUAAGAACCAUCUGGAGAAGAGGGAGAGUACCUCAGCAGGGGAGAUAUGCAGAUGGGGUGUGGGUUCCCAAGGAGGAGAAUGCGAGUAACAUCGAGCAGUUUAGGACAAUCUCCCUCCUUAGUGUUGAGUGCAAAACCUUCUUCAAGAUUGUUUCCAAUCGUCUGAUGGAAUUCCUCCUUAAGAACUCCUACAUAGACACCUCAGUGCAGAAGGGAGGGGUCCCAGGGUGUAUUGAACACACAGGGGUGGUGACACAGCUGAUCAGGGAGGCACGAGAGGGCAAAGGGGACUUGGCAGUGCUGUGGCUGGACCUUGCCAAUCCCUAUGGAUCAAUACCACAUAGAUUGGUGGAUUUGGCACUGAACAGAUACCACGUCCCAGAGAAGAUUAGAAAUCUUAUCCUUGACUAUUAUAACAGCUUUAGUCUUAGGGUGUCCUCUGGGACUUCAGUAUCGGAGUGCCAUCGCCUGGAGAAGGGUAUCAUUACAGGCUGCACAAUCUCUGUGUCUCUGUUUGCACUGGCCAUGAACAUGCUUGUGAAGUCUGCGGAAGUGGAAUGCAGAGGUCCAUUGUCCAGAUCUGGCACCUGACAACCCCCGAUUAGAGCAUUCAUGGAUGAUCUUACGGUCACCACAACCACAGUGCACGGAUGCAGGUGGCUUCUGCAAGGCCUCGAACGGAUCAUCACGUGGGCAAGAAUGAGCUUCAAGCCUGUGAAAUCCAGGUCCCUGGUCCUGAGGAAAGGAAAAGUAGCUGAUCAGUUCCACUUUAAGUUGGGAGACACCAGAAUUCCAUCAGUGUCGGAAAAGCCAGUGAAGAGCCUGGGCAAACUCUUCACUCACAAUCUGAAGGACACCGCUGCUCGGCAGGGUACCAGCGAUGACCUGGACACAUGGCUCUCGGCAGUGGAUAAGUCAGGACUUCCUGGUAGGUUCAAGGCCUGGAUUUACCAGCAUGGCAUUCUUCCUCGUCUCCUCUGGCCACUGCUGAUCUACGAAGUCCCAAUUACGACCGUGGAGGGCUUCGAGCGGAAGGUCAGCAGAUCUCUGCGCAGGUGGCUGGGCUUGCCACGAUGCCUAAGCAGCAUUGCUCUCUUUGGCCAUAAAACCAAGCUACAGCUUCCCUUUAGUAGUCUGACAGAGGAGUUCAAGGUCACACGAGCCAGAGAAGUCCUGCUCUAUCGAGACUCAGUUGACACCAAGGUCUCCACAGCAGGGGUAGAGGUCAGAACAGGAAAGUGGCGCACCCAGGAUGCAGUGGAACGGGCAGAGGCAAGGCUGCGGCAUAGCACCCUGGUGGGUACGGUGGCUACGGGGCGGGCCGGGCUUGGUAGUAAUCCCAAGCCGUGCUACAUCAAGGCCAGAGGGAAGGAGAAGCGGAAGCUUAUCCAGGAGGAGGUACGGGCCGAGGUGGAGGAAGCUCGCUUCAGCAGAGUGGUGGGCAUGUCCAAGCAGGGGGCCUGGACAAGGUGGGAGAAAACUGCUGGCCGCAAGAGCACUUGGGCAGAACUCUGGAAGGCGGAACCACACCAUUUUAAGUUCUUGGUUCAGUCAGUGUAUGAUGUCCUCCCUAGUCCUGCCAACCUGUUCACCUGGGGCCUGGUGGAUUCACCUGCUUGCCAACUCUGCCAGAAAAGAGGAUCAUUAGAGCAUAUCCUCAGCUGCUGCUCAAAAGCCUUAGGAGAUGGACAUUAUCGUUGGCGCCAUGACCAGAUCCUGAAGGCAGUAGCAGAUGCCAUCUGCACUGGUAUUAUCAUCAGCAAACAGCAUCAUCCAAACAAGUCUGUAAUUGCCUUUGUUUGAGCAGGCGAGAAGCCGCAGCCCCCUAAAAAUACCCUAGGGGGCUUGCUCGCAACAGCAAGAGACUGGCACCUCCUUGUGGACCUAGGGAGUCAAUUGAGGUUCCCAGACACCAUUGCAGUCACAUCACUCCGACCAGACAUGGUCUUGAUGUCCCCAGCGAGUAAACAGGUGGUGCUACUUGAACUUACGGUCCCCUGGGAAGACAGGAUGGAGGAAGCAAAGGAAAGAAAGAGGGCCAAGUAUGCUGAUCUGGUAGCUGAGUGUCGGAGGAAUGGGUGGAAGGCCCGCUGUGAGCCUGCUGAAGUGGGCUGCUGUAGGGGCUUCGCAGGCCAGUCUCUACAUCGGGUCCUGGGACUCUUAGGGAUUUGCGGACUGCAUAGGCAAAGAGCCAUCAAGAACAUACUGGGAGCUGCUGAGAAGGCUACAUGGUGGCUCUGGUUAAAGAGGGGGGACGCGUGGCAUAUGGCGCUACCUGGACACAAGUCGGGGCCUGAUCACCCCCGGCUGGGUCGCCCAGGUGAGGGUGUCUGAUGUAAGACCCGAAACACCCUAUGACCCCGGGAGCAUUACUGAUGAUGUGUCCAGGUUGCACUGCAAGGUGUAUUUAAGUACUAUGUUUGUGUAUUUAUAUAUAGAUUAUAAAUAUACACAGUACACACAUAUUUUGUAAAAAAAAAACUUAUUUUGGAUGUGAUUAAUCACGAUGAAUCCUUUGACAGCACUAAAAUCUAUACAUGGGAAUCUAAGGGUUAACAUUCAAAAAUGACAAUGAAAAUAUAUUCAUCAUUUUUUAUUUGAACAAAACAGGAGUGAACAAUCAGAAUCUGAAUAAAACUCUGUCUGCAUUGUUCUCACGGAUCACAAAAGAUUUUUAUUUUAUUACUGUCUGGAAACAUUUCAGCAUUACUCAUACACAUGAUACACAUUUCUGAUUUUUAAAUAGAAAAUGC